CCCCUCUCUCUGCACUAUCUUCCUCCCUCCCCCGCCUCGUGCCGAUUGAAUCGGGGAUCCCGCUGUGAUCAGCCAGGUUCAGUAUGAGGGCUGGAGGCUUGCUGGAGUGCACACGGGAUCUGCGGGACCCUAGUUUUGGACCAUGCAUGUGACUGAAGAAAGCUACAGAUAUGCUUCCAGCUCUUCUGAGAUGAUCUAAUGGCUAGUGCAGCAAUGGAGGAGACCGUGAUAUGGGAACAGCACACUGUAACUCUACACAGGGCUCCGGGGUUUGGCUUCGGGAUCGCUAUCUCAGGCGGGAGGGAUAACCCUCACUUUCAGAGCGGGGAGACGUCCAUCGUCAUUUCGGAUGUGCUGAAGGGAGGCCCAGCUGAGGGCCUGCUGCAGGAGAAUGACAGAGUGGUGAUGGUCAACGCCGUCUCCAUGGAUAACGUGGAUCAUGCGUAUGCAGUGCAGCAACUUCGGAAAAGUGGGAAGAAUGCAAAAAUAACCAUCAGGAGAAAGAGGAAGGUGCAGAUCCCCAUGGGGCGGCCGGGUGAACGCGAGACCAUGUCUGAGCACGACGAGGACGACGACAGCUAUGAAGACGAGAUCUACGAGUCCCGGAGCGCACGGAGCGGGCCGAGUGCCUACAGCGGGGGCGGAGCCACGGGCCGGAGGAGCAGCAGGGGUGACCGGCUGGGCGGGAGGAGGGACCGAGACAGAGAGCGCAGCGGCUCCAGAGAGAGGAGUCAGUCCCCACGCUCGGACCGCCACUCUGUGUCCUCCAACCUCCCCCCACGCCCAGCCAAGGUCACCCUCAUCAAGUCCCGCAAGAACGAAGAAUACGGGCUUCGCCUGGCCAGCCACAUCUUCGUAAAGGACAUUUCCCCCGAGAGCCUGGCAGCCCGAGACGGAAACAUACAGGAGGGAGACGUAGUGCUCAAGAUUAAUGGCACGGUGACUGAGAAUCUGUCCCUGAUCGAUGCUAAGAAGCUGAUCGAGAGGUCAAAGGGCAAGCUGAAGAUGGUGGUGCAGAGAGACGAGAGGGCGACCCUGCUCAAUAUCCCAGACAUGGAUGACAGCAUACCUUCAGCCAAUGCCUCUGACAGAGAUGGUGAGAGAGUCUCUGUACAGCACACAUCAAAAUGGGUUUGAUUCGUUCUGUGCAAUUAUACCUUCAAGUGGGGCUUUUAAAUAUUUAGUGGAAACUGAAUGUAAUUCAUGAAUGUAAUUCUGUAAACACUGUAAUUCUUUAACUACUUAAUAAUUAAAUUAAAUUGAAUAAAUAAAUAAAAAUUAAUUAAUUCACGAAGCUGUUGACUGGUUUUGCUUAGUAAACUGAAAAUCUUUUUUUUUUUUUUUUUUGAAUAGCAGCUUAUGCAUUUGGAUUAAAAUUUGUUUUAUCAGUAUCAUAAAAAGCAAGCUAAUUGUGUGGCAUUAUUUUUUUUCUCAUUGAAAAUAUAUAUAUAUAUAUAUAUUGUAGUAU